AUGAGUACAUAUGAACAGAUUGAUACAUUGGUUCGAUACAAAGACUUGAGUGGCAGAGAACGAACAAAAGUUACCAAUAAAUUCGGCCCUGAAACUCAGUUCACUGAUGUUCAACAAUGGACAAUAUCAUGGUGGAAAGGUGUCCGUACCUUUGAAAUAGAAAUUAAAGAUCGGUAUGCAUCAAGAUCAUUUGUUGAACAAACUAAUAGUGAUACUGUGCAAAUGGUCUGUCAAAAUUGUUUUUCAUCUUUAUGUACAUCUGAUUUAAUCGUAAUAAAUCCGAACAAAGCAGGAAUGAAAUUUACAAAGGAUGUCAGUGAUAUUCAACGUGACCAAUACGAGACUGAUGAAACUAAAUCAAGUGAUAAUAUUGGUGAUAUUGAGAUUAAAGAUGGAAAUAAUAUAUUUAUUGAACAAAUACCUGUACAAUUAUAUAAACGCAAGAGAAACUUGAAUCAAUCUCAAACAGUAAAUAUACGUCCUCGUAAAGGUAAAAAAGUUCCACAAACUAUGGAGCAUACAGAAGUUUCGAAUUCGAAAGUAAAUCAACAUCAGCAAACUCAACUAAUGCAUGUUUCUUCUGAACAUCAAACUAGUUUAUCAAUGCCAACAACAGAACAACUUCAACAAAGUGCAUAUGUUCCUAUCUCACAAUGCUAUCUUUUAACACCUGUGCAUUCGAUGACAACAGGUUUUCUCGAUGCUCAGGUUAGUUUUUUCGAUGAAUCAUCAUUUUCUGUGAAAAAUUGA